AUGCCGCCUGCGCUGCCAGACAUGGCACACAGAGACAAUCAUGCGAUCACCGAGCCAGGCUUUCCUAGAGUGAACCAACCAGCGCCCUCAGAACGCUACCUGUAUCCGAUGGCUAUAUGCCUGGCUAUCGCGCUGGUGUUGUUCCUCGGCUUUCUCUUCUGGCCGUCAAGUAAGCAUCCAACUCGAGACGAAGAUAGUGCGCUCGGUCGGCACAGCGUGAGCUGCAGCUCCGCCAGCUGCGUACAAAACGCCGUAUAUCUCAGCAACCUGCUGUCCUGGCGGGACGUCAACCCAUGUAACGAUUUCUACGCGUUCGUUUGCCGGCGCUGGAAAAGCCGCUUCGCUACGCCUUUGAAGGACACAUCGGUUUCGACGGACGAUGAUUACGCCGCCUUCCUCGAGGACGUACUCUACAUAUCGAUUCGCAAUGACUCCGGAAGCUCGAAGAUACUGCGGCCACUAAGAUAUCUCCACGACAAGUGUAUGAAUGUCAAGUUAAUCGAGGAUGGGGGCUGGAACGCAUUUCUCGAGCUGAUGUCAGAUCUGUCUCUGGACGGCUUCCCGCUGACGCCACCGGUGCGGGACAGCCUAUCUGUGUGGUCGACAGCCGCGAAUAUAUUGCGCAUGUCAGGUUCCGCUGCGUUGCUCAGCGUAGGCGUCGCGUCUCAUGCUGCAUCUCCUAAGACAAACAUCGUCUCGGUAGGACCUCCCGAGCUUCUGACGACUGCAGCGAACGUGGACGCCAACGAAGCGAUCAGGUUGUACACAGCUGCCGUCUUCGCUGCAAUCAAGGCGCUCAAGAAGGACUACGUACCUCCCGUGGAGAUCCUUGCCAUAGUGAAAUUCGCCAGCGACUUUGAGAAACUGGGGCAGUCCAGGAUGAACACAGAUGCUUCAAAGAUCGAUAUCCUGGACUCACGGUCGGAUAUGUUUGAAUUUCUGACUGCAGUAUUUCGAGGACGCGAGAAGUCCAUUUUUACCGGUGCGAGGUCAUACAUCGCAAUCCAUUUACCCGAAUUCGUCAGUGACGUCACAGACAUGGUUGCAAACACUGAACCUCACACCGUCAUGAAUUACUUGGGAGUUCGGUUGAUGAUCCAAAUCGCUCCAUUUAUACCGGAAGCUGGACUGACCAACUUCUACACUACAAUGGUCUUUGGCAAGCACCAAAUGGAUCUGCCUCGUUGGCAGCUGUGCGUGCGUGCUACGGAAAAAGCCCUGUACCCGCUUGUUCACCGCGUCUUAUUCCACGACACCCGGCUUAAAGCAUCCAUGCCAUCCAUUGUCGAAGUCGUCAACAAAGCCAUCGUGGCAUUUAUUGCGGAAGUAGACGCUUCGUCAUUAUUAGACGACAGUUCCAAGGCUGCGAUUCAUCGCAUCCUGUCGAAAGUCGCAGUAAAUAUCGUCAGCCCUAGCUGGAUCAACGACACUGCGUCUAUAGCGAACUACAUCGAUGGUCUUCCUGCUUUGAAGGCGACGCGGCGCGGGCUGGAGACGUACCUGGCAUUCUUCCAGCACACAUUCUUCGAUACCUUGAGCAGGGGAACGCGCACACGAUGGAGCCGUUCCAUCUUCAGCGCUACUUGCUGGUACGAAUCAUACCCGAGGACCAUCUACGUCCCUCUAGUCGCCUUCAACGUGACGCAGGCGUUUCAAGGGAGCGACGAUGACUACGUGCAGCUGUCGCGCUUGGCCCCGCGACUGAGCAGAUGCUUGCUGGAUAUGCUUAUGGAGGAGAGCAACUCGACGAAUGGCACCGUUCGUUGGCUCACAGAAACGUCCCAGUCGAGGCUGGCUGAUGCCGAGAAGUGCCUGCGGGGUCGCGCGAACAGUGAGGGCUUGCGGCGGCUCCGCGACGUUCUCGCCGCGCGCGUUGCCCUCCGACUUUUUCGGAAAAGCGACGCUGCCAAGCAGGACCUCGUGACAUCGCUGAUGAACGGCCGCGUCAUGACCAGCACCCAAGUGUUUUUCGUCUACCUUAUGCUACAGUCUUGUGAAGCGGUUGACGGACCUGAGCACUCUUGGCCGGCAGGCGUUGACGACUGGAGUAUCGCGCUUCGCGAUAGCGGCGACUUUAGCAAAGCGUUCAAUUGCACAACUGGGUCGCCUAUGAGCACGAAGCAAGGGUGCGUUGGUUGA